AACGCGAAAAUGCGAUAUGAUAUUAUGAUCUUGAAACUCGAAAUGGCCGAAAUCGGUAGAUGACGCGGCUGAAAGUCAUCUUUAAACAUCCACUUAUAUUUUGCAUCAUUGCAUAUAAAAAAUACAUGAAAAAUAAAUAGAAUUUCUAAAUAUUAAAAUCUCACGAUAAUUAUUCUAAAAUAACUAGAGAUAAUAAAGCAGUCGAAUAUACAAUUAUAAGCCUAAGCACAUCACUAACAUCUGUGCUGUAAAGCAUUGCACUCUUAAAUUGUGUAUGAAAACGAACUUUUGUUUGUUGAAAUAUACACCAGAACAUUUUAUUUGUUUUCACUUAUUAUAGAGAUCACCCUGUCAUUACAAUAACAUUGAAAAAAGCCUUGUGCAACUACAGUCGAAUAAAACCAAUAUGGCGUUAGGCCUAUUUCGAUAAGAACCGAGAACUGCGAUGCAAGAUGGCCGCUUCACGGUAAGUUGCGAUGUGACGCAUAUUGCUAUAUCUUCAUAGUGUUCUUUAAGAAUUGUGUGAUAUGUAGAUUAUUACAAUUGCUUAUUAAUGUGGAAGUGGACUGAUAUGCCGGGCCCAGAUGAACUGAGAUCUCGGCCCUCUACUAACCGGGAGUCACCCGGUGCAAGUGUAAAUAGAAUUGGAAGCAAUAGAAAAUCCAGACAUGGUGCUCAAGCAGGAUUUCGGAAACAUAGAAGAUCUGUUCAUAAAGGUCACAAGAAGAAAUACCCGAAACCUGAAAAAGAAAUUGCUGUGCCUGUUAAACCUCUUGUUGAGUAUGAUGAUGUAAGUUCGGAUUCUUCAUUUUUUGCCGAUCCUCCACGAGAUAGUUCUCUUGAAAGACGUUCUUCUCCUGAUCUUAAAGAUAUUAGACAAGAAAGAAGGCGUAGCGCUAAUAGACAAGAUAUCCAUGUUCCAAUGAAACCCCGUAAGCGACGAUCAAAAGAUCCGCAAUUAAAUGAAAGAAGAGAUCGCAUCAAAGAUCGCUGUGAAAAAAUACCAUCGAGACCAGGAAGCCAGGCUUAUCCAAAUAGACGAGAAAAACCCGAAAGAGACAUUUUCGGAAAAGAUCAUGCUUCCACAAGUAGAGACAUCAAUUACAUGACCCAUGGACGACCAGACUAUAUGUUUGAAUAUGAAAGACUCAAAGAAAAAAACAGGAUAAGAAAAAGAGUUCGAACUCCAGAAACUCCUCGUGCCUACAGAACUCGAACACCUUCUCCUGUUAGAAGCACUCAGAUGUGGGUGAAUAAGUCCAGGAGACGUUCACCUGAUAGCAGAAUUAGACAAAAAUAUAUUUCCAAGAGUCCAAGUCCUUAUCCUAGGAACUACAGUGCCUGGUCCAAGAGUAGAAGUCGCAGUAAAACUCCUCUCAGCCGAAGUAAAAGGCUUCAUUCUCCUAGCCGUAGUUACAGUCGCAGUCCUUUGCGGUAUAGAAAUCGUAGUCAACGCUCAAUAUCUAGGACUAGUACAAAAUCUAGGUCUCGAUCAAGUUCUCCUCACAGAAAACAUAUCAAAAGGAGGAAACGAAGUCCUAGCUUGUCAAAAUUUGCAACUAGUUUGGCUUCGGAACUUUGUAAACAUCGGAAAGCUAAAAGGCAUCGUGAAGCUUUAAUUAUUAGAAAAGAUACUGUUUUAAAAGAACCUGAGGCAAUUCCCGAAAAUGGCAAUAUGUGUCCUCCAGUUACUGCUGGAGAAUUGUCUGAUAAUUCAAUGUCAUCUUCUGCAUUUAAUUCUCAAGACACACUUCCACCUUCUGAAUCAGACAUGAUUCGGGAAGAAUGUGAUCAGUUACUUGAAGAAACAAGUGUCUUAUCUAAUAGUCAAACUGACUCUGUAGAACCUAAUCGAGAUGCUAGCAUAGAAGAUGCAUCACAAGAGCCACCCAUUCCUAAAACACCAGAACUGUCACCUAAUAUAGAAAAUCUGCCUUCUAAUGCAAAAACUUACCAUCCUCCAUUACCUACACUUCCACCUUUGCCGCUUCCACCUGUUGGACCAGAUGACGAAAAUUUAAUUGAGGAAGGUGCAGAUCUUUCUCUUCAACUAUCUCCUGAAGUUGAAAAGAAACCAAGUACUCCUCCAAAAAAAGGGAUCAAAGAUCUUCCACUGCCACCAGGCAUUAAAGAAGAGGAUAUCUUAUCCCCUGAAGCUGAACCGGAAAAGUCACCUCCAGAAAUGGAAAAUCCAGAACCUUCUCAAACAUUUCAGACUUCAAAUAAACAAUUAUUGUUUAAGCGAUCUGUCAGACAUCCUGAAUCCAUCCCAAAAUACAGACGUCACAUUAAGAUUUUGAACAAAGAGAAUGACAAUAUAGAUAGGUCACCCAGCUGGGGUGAAAGAUGUGUGGAUGUUUUUGAUAUUAUAUGUCAGAUUGGAGAAGGCACUUAUGGUCAGGUAUACAAGGCUAGAGAUCGAGAUACAGGACAACUUGUUGCAUUGAAGAAAGUGAGACUUGAAAAUGAAAAAGAAGGAUUUCCUAUUACUGCUGUUCGAGAAAUAAAAAUUUUGAGACAGUUAAAUCAUAAAAGUAUAGUUAACUUAAUGGAGAUCGUGACAGAUAAGCAAGAUGCAUUGGACUUCUGUAAAGACAAAGGAGCUUUUUAUUUGGUUUUUGAAUAUAUGGACCAUGAUCUGAUGGGAUUAUUAGAAUCUGGUUUGGUUGAGUUUUCUGAAGUGCACAUUGCAUCUUUUAUGAAGCAAUUACUUGAUGGUCUUCGAUACUGUCAUCUUAAAAAUUUCUUGCAUCGUGAUAUUAAAUGUUCCAAUAUUUUGAUGAAUAAUAAGGGGGAAAUAAAAUUGGCUGAUUUUGGUCUAGCGAGGUUGUAUAAUGCAGAUGACAAAACUAGACCUUAUACAAAUAAAGUUAUUACUCUUUGGUAUAGACCUCCUGAAUUACUUCUGGGUGAAGAGAGAUAUGGUCCACCAAUUGAUGUUUGGAGCUGUGGCUGUAUUCUAGGUGAACUGUUUACCAAAAAGCCAAUUUUUCAAGCAAACCAAGAAAUGGCACAACUUGAUUCUAUAAGUCGCAUUUGUGGUACUCCUUGUCCAGCAGUUUGGCCUAAAGUGAUUCACUUGCCUCACUGGCAUACAUUUAAGCCUAAAAAGCAAUAUCGUCGGAGGCUGAGGGAAGAAUUUGCCUUUAUGCCUGGGUCGGCAUUGGAUCUUUUAGAUCAAAUGCUUGAACUUGAUCCUGAAAGAAGAAUUACUGCAGAAAAUUCCUUAAAGUGUCAAUGGCUAAAAGACAUCCACCCUGAAAGAAUGGAACCACCAAACUUGCCGUUGAACCAAGAUUGUCACGAGAUGUGGUCAAAAAGGCGGCGACGGCAAAUACGGGAGCAAGAAGCCUUGGGUAAUCCAGCUGCAAUAAAUCAAUCCAUGGAAGGUGUUUCUGUUAUGAACUCUUCUACAGUUUCUAGUUCAAAACAUCCCAGUUAUCCAGAUACUGCCAUGCAACUUAAUGUUUGGCCAUCUGAUAAUCAGGGUUCUUGGACCAAGAAAGAAAAAAGUGAUGAAAAGUUUGAUGUUGAACGAAAAGCCCAUGAAGUAUCAAAUGCAGAAUCAACAGCGGGUAAAACUGCUCGGAGAUUGUUUACUGAUGAUAAAAAAAGUGGAAACCCUGAGAAUACAAGUCCAAAUUUGUAUAUACAAAAUGCCUUAAAUGUGAUUUUGGAAGCAUCUCAGAAGAAUCAAAAUGUUUCACUUUCUCAGUUGGCUUCUCUACUAAAUUUGAAGAUUGAUCUAAACAAUAAAGCUCUUCUAGAAGGUUUGAGCACUCAAUUGUCUUCAACACUUCCACAUAAGCCUUUAGACACUAGUAGAGAUUCAUCUUCAGAGAUAGGUUCAAUAAAUGAGAAAUUAUCCUCAAAACCUCCUGGUGUAGGAUCUGAAAAUUUUCAGGUGGAAAUUGGGAAGCACUCUCUCCAAAGUCAUACAUAUGCGAGAAACUAUGAUACCUCUGUUUACUCUGGAAAGCCGGCUUCAGUGUCUGCUGUCAGAGACACUUUAGCUAAGAUAUUCGCAACUCAAGGCAGCUCUGCAUCAUCAGGUAUUAAUUUUCAGGGUAAAAAUGUUAUUAGCCCCAAUCCCAAAGUUCCAUUUCAGUCAAAAUAUGGAGCUUUAAAAACAGAUUUUUAUAAAAAUCAAAAUGAAAGGUCCAGUUAUAUGAAAAAAUCGGCAUCUGUGCCUGAAUAUUCGACAUCUCUAUCUGACAAUGCAAUUUCUGCAAAGAUAUUGCCGACUGUGUCGAAUUAUUCUUCUAAGUCCACCUUAAUGUCGAAUGUGGCAAUUAAUGCCCCACGGAGUCUUUCAAAUUUGCCUACACAUUCAGUAAAUUCUCAUUUUUCUGCCCAGCAUGCACCUAAGAUGCCUGGCCCUUCUCAUCGCGAUAUGUAAAUCUAGCGCAAUUGAUAUCUUCUUUCAUCCAAAUAUUCUGAUUUCCUAUUUUUCAUAAGACUGUUGGCUGUGGAUUGGUGUAUCUGCCCAGGUACUAGGUGUUUAGAGAAAGAACAAAAAGUAAUGCAAGAUUUCGUUCUUCCCUAUUUGAAUUUAACUGAAUGCAUAGUAAUGAUUAUUUAUAAAAAUAUAUUUAAAAAAAAUGCUUUUCAUUUUAUAUAAGGAUUUUCACUUAAUGCCUGGGCUUAGGUUGUACCAAAUGAGAAUAUUGUUUGACCAUUUUUUAUUGUGUGUUCUAUUUAUAAUACUUCCAUGUUUCAGUUUACAUGCCUUGAAUAUACUUUGUCUGAAUUAUAUAACGUCAUUUCUCAAUUUCUUUUAAUGUUAUAAAAAAAGUAAAGUUUGUAUUACUUCUGUCUUGUGUUUUUAUUGGUCACAUCACAACAUUCCAAAUCAUAUGUCCAAAUCUUUUUAUAUAAAGAUAAUAGGAUAUAUUUUUGGCUUGUUUCAGAAUGAUUUUCCUGAAUAUCAGAUGUAUGUUCAUUGUACAGAUACAACGAAGUGCAGUUUAAUAAUAACUCUUCAUAAUUCUAAUUAUUUUUUACUUUGUGCACAUGUAGUUCAUUAUUUUAAAGUACUAGAAUUAAGUUUUAUUCAUGUGCUAAUGAAAUUUACAGAAUUGAUACUGUUAUUGUUCAUUGAAUCUUUUUAUGAUUAUGCAAAAACUGCUUUUUUCUCUAAAAUGAUUUAAUGUUUGCAAUUAAUGCUAUUCAAUGCAAAUAAUUUAUUCCAUAAUAUAACCAUACUUAAUAGUUAAUAAUAACACUGCAUCCAAAAAGAAGUGUUCCAAUAAUUUACUUAACCAGCAUAAAAAAAUUUACAGAAUGGGAUUUCUUCCUUUUUUUUAGUUGACUUAUUAGUAUUGUUUUUGUGUGCAUUCCUGUAUAUGUGAUCAUUUGUGAUAAUGAAUAAAAAUUAAAACUAUUCCUUGUUAUUGUGUAGUAUUUUUAGUUGAUCAAUGUUUGGAAUUGAACUGCUACUUAUUUUAUACUGGGAUUGUAGAUAACAAAUGAAACAGUUUGUGUUUUGUGACAUAAUGAAUGAUUAUACUUAUAGUUCAGUUUUGUUUUGCUCAAGACAAUUGUUU